AUGCCUCUCUUUGGACACAGAGCUCGCGCUCCGGCGAGACCUGCCGCGGCAGGCGAGCCCACGACGGCGCCGACAACAAAGAGACGAUGGGGCUUUGGAGGUCACGGCGGCGGCGGCGGUGCCCAACCCGCUACAUACAGCAUGGCUACGCGGCCUCGGUUUGGACAGUGGCUCAAGGUGACUUGGCUGGAUAUCCUGACCAUGGUGGCCAUGGGCGCCAUCGGCCUCGGCGUCUACGAAGCAAAGCCCGCUCCCACGCGAUCCUUCCCCGUCACCUUCUCCGACGGCGAAAUCGUCUGGCCCGAGUUCGGCUACCCGCUGCGCAAGGAAAUCAUCCCCAUCUGGCUCGCCGCCUUCCUCGCCGCCGUCAUCCCCAUCGUCGUCAUCCUGCUCAUGCAGAUCCGCGUCCGCUCCUUCUGGGACGUCAACAACGGCAUCAUCGGCCUUCUCUACGCGCUCAUCUGCGCCGCCGUCUUCCAAGUCUUUCUCAAGUGGCUCAUUGGCGGUCUGCGCCCGCAUUUCUUGGACGUGUGCAAGCCUGACCUGAGCCGCGUCACGACGUCCGGCCUCGAUAGGGUCGGGUACAAGCAGCUGUACUUUACGCGGGACAUUUGCACGGGCGACCCGGAUGAGAUUGACGACAGCCUCGAAUCUUUCCCCAGCGGCCACACGACGGCCGCGUUUGCGGGAUUCGUCUACCUCUCGCUGUAUCUCAACGCCAAGCUCAAGGUCUUCGCCAACUACCACCCGGCCAUGUGGAAGCUCAUCGCCGUGUACGCGCCCGUCCUGGGCGCGACGCUCAUUGGCGGCGCGCUGACGAUUGACGAGUUCCACAACUGGUACGACGUGUUUGCCGGCGCCGUCAUCGGUACGGUGAUGGCUUUCUCGGCUUACAGGAUGCUGUACGCGUCCAUCUGGGACUGGCGCUUCAACCACAUCCCGCUCAACAGGGGCGUUGCGUUUCCGUACACGGUCGGCAAUGGGGACUUGUUUGAUGCCACGUUUACGAGGAGGGUCGGUUGGGGC